GUAUAGUACAUACCUGGGAUCAAAGCCAACUAUAUAAAGUCCUUGAUUCUGUGUGGGUUCAAACACAUUUCAAAGCUUCAGGAUCCUGAAAGGUUUCACUCUGCUUCCUGAAGACCUGAACACUGCUCCAAUAAAGCCAUGGCUUGCUUUGGAUUCCGGAGGCAUGGGGCUCAGCUGGACCUGGCUUCUAGGACCUGGCCCUGCACUGCUCUGUUUUCUCUUCUCUUUAUCCCCGUCUUCUCCAAAGGGAUGCAUGUGGCCCAGCCUGCAGUGGUGCUGGCCAGCAGCCGAGGUGUCGCCAGCUUCGUGUGUGAAUAUGGGUCUUCAGGCAAUGCCGCCGAAGUCCGAGUGACUGUGCUGAGGCAGACUGGCAGCCAGAUGACUGAAGUCUGUGCUGCGACAUACACAGUGGAGAAUGAGUUGGCCUUCCUAGAUGAUUCCACCUGCACUGGCAUCUCCAGCGGAAACAAAGUGAACCUCACCAUCCAAGGGUUGAGGGCCAUGGACACGGGACUCUACAUCUGCAAGGUGGAGCUCAUGUACCCACCACCCUACUAUGCAGGCAUGGGCAAUGGAACCCAGAUUUAUGUCAUCGAUCCUGAACCUUGCCCAGAUUCUGACUUCCUCCUCUGGAUUCUUGCAGCAGUCAGUUCAGGAUUGUUUUUUUAUAGCUUCCUUAUCACAGCUGUUUCUUUGAGCAAAAUGCUAAAGAAAAGAAGCCCUCUUACUACAGGGGUCUAUGUGAAAAUGCCCCCAACAGAGCCAGAAUGUGAAAAGCAAUUUCAGCCUUAUUUUAUUCCCAUCAAUUGACACACCGUUAUGAAGAAGGAAGAACAUUGUCCAAUUUCUAAGAGCUGAGGCAAUUCUAACUUUUUGCUAUCCAGCUAUGUUGCUUAUUUGUGUAUUUUGGGGGGGGAUUCAUCUCUCUUUAAUAUAAAGCUGGAUGCAAAAUCCAGAUGAAGUGUACUACAAUUUGAAGCAAAGGUGCAGGAAAACAGAGCCAGGAUGUUUCUGUCACAUCAGAUCCAAUUUUAGUAAAAGCAUCACUCGGGAGCAAUAUAGGGAUGCAGUCUUAUGUUGUAGGUGAAGGAUAUGGGUUAGGGGGUGGUGCUGUCCAAAGAAUACAAAGGAAGAGAGUUAGGGAGAGGAUGAUAUUGUACACACUUUGUAUUUACACAUGAGAAGUUUAUAGCUGAAGUGAUGUUUUCAAGUUAAAGUUUUGUGCUGUUAUUUUUCUUAAAUGUGGAAUUACAUGAAGACUUUAAAAAUACUCACAUGGCUAUAUUUUAGCCAGUGAUUCCAAAGGUUGUAUUGUACCAAUAUGUAUUUUUUUUAUUUGAUAGUAUUGUGCAUGGGGGCCACAUGUGCUUUUGUGUAUUUGCUGAUGGUUUUAAUAUAAACACUAUAUGGCAGUGUCUUCCCACCAUGGGUUCAGGGGAAGUUUUAUGGAGGGGCUCAGGACACUAAUACACCAGGUAGAAUACAAAGUCACUUGGUAACUGGCUUGGAAACUGGAUGAGGUCAUAACUGAUUCUUAUAGACACGUUGAGCUGAAUUGGUGUUGACAUGUGCUUUGGGCUUUUAUGUUAGCUCCUUUCAAAGGUUUGCAAGGGAGUCCAGACUGGUGUAUCUGAUGUAACUCAAUAGAACACCAACCUCAAGAAAAUGGCUCACUCCAGGGGUCUUGUAGGUAUGAACUUCUAGGAAGCUCUAGUUUCACAAGGGCCCCAAUUCCUAACACAUGGUUCAUGCCAUGGACAGAAAAAAGCAGCAGGUGGCAGAACGGGGUGAUGAAAGUUUCUAAAAACUAACACUGUUGGUGUUUUUUAACUCAUUAUUUUCCAUGAAAAUGCAACAACAUGUAUAAUAUUUUUAAUUAAAUAAAAAUCUGUGGUGGUCAUUUUCCAGAGUUGUCUUUAUCUUCCU